CUUUCUUUCGACCUGUCCUCCCCCACCCCAAGAAAAAAAAUUCAAACCCUAAAAAAAUCGAAAUCAGAAUUUAAAUCCAAGAAAAGGAAAAGAAGAGGAACAUUUCGUUUUCUUGAUAGGAUCGGCGACAGAUUUCCCUAAAGAAGAUUGAAGAAUAUGUCAGAUACACUACCUCCUCCACGAGGGUCGGUCGUGAUCCGAUCCGUUUGGUCCGACAAUUUGGAGUCUGAAUUCGAAUUAAUCAGAUCCAUAAUUGACGGCUUUCCGAUCAUUUCCAUGGACACCGAGUUCCCCGGUAUUGUUGUCAGACCGAUUUCCCCCGGGGGCGGCGGCGGAGGCCAAUACGCACGGCCCGGCGACGCGAGGGCGCAUUACGUCAGCCUCAAAGCGAACGUCGAUUUACUCAAGCUGAUCCAAAUCGGCCUUACUUUUUCGGACGGCAACGGAAAUUUACCAGAUCUUGGUACAAAAAACCAGUACAUUUGGGAAUUCAAUUUCAAAGACUUCAAUGUUGCGAAUGAUGCCCACGCACACGAUUCCGUCGAGCUUCUUCGUCGUCAAGGCAUAGAUUUCGAAAAGAACCGAGAAUUAGGGAUCGACUCGGUCCGUUUCGCGGAACUCAUGAUGUCAUCGGGACUCGUCUUAAACGACGCUGUUACGUGGGUGACUUUCCACUGCGCGUACGAUUUCGGAUACCUUGUGAAAUGCUUAACAGGUGAGUUAUUACCGGACCAACUCACUGAUUUCUUGAACGUCGUGCGAAUGUUCUUUGGAGACAGAGUCUACGAUGUCAAACACUUGAUGAGGUUCUGCGCUGGAUUAUACGGAGGACUUGACCGUGCGAGUAAAGCACUGGGAGUGGAGCGCGUGAUUGGGAAGAGUCAUCAGGCUGGUUCCGAUAGCUUACUGACGUUAGACGCGUGGUUGGAGGUCAAGAAAAGGUAUUUUGGGAAGGAGGAUUCGGUUGAGAAGUAUGCUAAUGUUCUUUAUGGUUUAGAAGUUGACUCUUUAUGAACAUUAAUGAAUUUGUGUUGGUGUCUUCAUGUUUGAAAGAAAACUCAUUGCUUUUGUAGAUUUUCUGGGCAAUUGUGUUUAGGUAGUUAGAUUCUUGUACACACAUUUUGUGGGUUAUUGAUCAAUCAUCAAUAUUAAAAUUACUUCAUUUUAAUUC